AUGCUCCUUCCCGGAACAGUUCGGACCAAACGCGACUAUCCUAGAGUGAGAGGCCCUGCCAAACACCUCAGGAUAGAGGGAACCGAGAUUCUCCCCGUCGAACUUUUUCUCGAUCCAUUAACUCUCACUGUCCAAGAGGAUGAGGUCGAUUCCUCCACCGCCGUGGUACUUAAAGACGAUUCUUCUUUCCCCAUGAAUAUCGGGAUAUCUCAGACGCCUCCUCCCAUCAUGGCCUCGUGUAACAUCUGCAGAGUCGACGACUUGAAGACACCCAUUUCUCUUCCAUGCAUGCGGGCUGUAAAACCGCCCAUUCAGUUUCACCCCUGUCCGGUCUGCCGCUCGUUGUAUUCUGUUGCUCCAAUCAGCCCAGCUCUCAUCCCACAGCAACUCCGACUUCACAUAAAUCCGAGCAGCCGCAGGGUCUUCAUCGAUUCUGCCAAAAGCGACUCAUCUAGCUCAAUGUCUGACACAAGCCCUACUUCUGAGGAUGAGCUUGCACGCCUCAGAGCUGAAAACCGUAACCUGCGCACGCAAUGCGCGAUGUGGCGUCGACGCGCUGAGCUACAUGGCGCAGCCAUCCUCGGCCUCCUUGACUUUGCCCGAGUACUUCGGGAUAAGGCCUCAAGCCUUUCCCGAGAGCGAGAUGAACUUGAAACUCGGUGUUACACACUUAAGCGUCAACUAGACGAGGAAGAUUAUGUGCCGGAGGGAGCAACUUCCCCACCAGCUCACCGCAACGAAGAUUUCCGCCCAUCGGAUGCGGCCGUUGCUGCACUAUUGGAAUUAUCGUCUUAUGGAUCAAAUCCUGGCCUUAUUCCUAUCGGCGAAUCUAUUCCUUUGUCUUCGCCUACGUCCAAGAAGCGGCCCUCUCUGUCAGCUCCGAAAGUUGAUGGCGGCCACGAAGGCAAUACUUUACCUCUUCAAAAACGUCUAAGGAGAAGCGACCAACUCGGAACCGAUUCCGAACCUCCACCUCCGCAAUAG